AACAGACGACGCUUCGGUUCGUUUCGUGUGGUGACGCUUUCCAAUUUGAAAAAGCUUAAUAAGAAUUAUAACCAAUUGACGCAUAGUCACAGAAAGGUCCAUUUAUAAUAAGAGAAUGUCGGGGACUGAUUCUCUCGCUUACUUUACAGGGAAUGGUACAUACAAAGCUAUAAACCCGAUUGUCUCCCACGUUGGCGAUUUCACUAAGUUUUAUAUAGCUAUUGCUAUAAGCUCUGUAAUUUUGGGAUCUAUAAUCAUUCUGAACAUUGUAUGCUGCUGCUCAAGAUAUUCCGACUAUUGGUUGGACAGACAUACAGGAAACCGCUGGCUUGUUUCCAUUUGGUCAUCCACUCCACACAAGCAGCCACCGCUUGAUCUUACGGAGCUAGAGGCACAGUACCGCUCAGUGCAAUACGUACAACCUUACACUAGUGAAUACCACGAAGCAGAGGUUCCCCCGUCUGUCUCGCAGCAGCCCCUUACUACUUCCCACGAAUAUUUAGACCUACACAAACGCGAAAGCGACAUUUAA